AUGUCAGAGGAAGCUAUAAAAGAAUUAGUACGUCAAAGAGGUACCUAUAAGGGUCGUGUGACGAAAUAUAAGGAUUACCUUUCCGUUAUACAACAAAUUGACCGUUCAAACAUAACUUUAGUACAAAUUAAAGAGUUAAGUCUUCGUUUGGCUAGAUUACAAACAUUAUUUUCAGAAUUUGAUUCCGUUCAAACACAAAUUGAAAUGAAAAGUAGUAAGUUAGAAGAACAGAUGGAAGAAAGGGACAACAUGGAAACGCAGUUCAUUUCUCUCAUCUCAGCCACCCAAGAAAUAAUUGAUUCCCAUCCGAGUAAUAGUGACCAUGGUUCCGAGGUUGCCCGAACAGCCCAAUCGAGUCUCGAAACGGGCUCUGUCAGUAAAAUACGUUUACCAACCAUUUCUCUCCCGUCUUUUGAUGGAAACUACUUAAAAUGGUUGGAAUUUCGCGACACCUUCGAAGCCAUGAUCCAUGUGAACGAAUCCAUCCCUGACAUAAAUAAAUAUCAUUAUUUACGCUCCUCUUUAGAGGGCAGUGCCAGUGUCGUAAUAAAAUCGCUUGAGUUUACGGCUAAGAAUUAUAAAAUGGCAUGGGAAUUACUGUGCGAGCGAUAUGAUAAUAAAAAUCUGCUUAUAAAUAAUCACAUGAAGGCAUUAUUUAACAUAGAUCAGCAGACUCGUGAGUCACAUCGGUCAAUUCGGUAUCUUAUUGAUCACGUUACUAAAAACCUAAGCGCCCUUAAAUCUUUAGGCCGCCCGACUGAGUCAUGGGAUGACGUAAUCAUAUACUUGGUCGCUAGUAAAUUGGACCCCACUACGUCUAGAAAGUGGGAAGAAUAUAAGGCCGAUUUAACAGAUAUGCCUACAUUACCUGAGUUCUUGAAGUUUUUACGCAGUCGGGCCGAUGUACUUGAGACAAUGGUAGCUUGCAGGAGCGAUAAACCAGCCGAAAAUAAAUACCUACAGCCUAAAACUACUAAGGCGUUUGUCGCUGCUGCAAGUACAUCUCAAAAACAAGAAACGCACUCUAAUAAGAGUACUAAGUCGCCGCCGACAUGCCCAGUAUGUCACGGCGCGCAUAGGAUCUCGGAGUGUGUCAAGUUCAAGGCCAUGAACGUUGAAAGUAGGUCAAGCGAGGUCUUGAAGUUAAAUCUUUGCUUGAACUGCUUGAGGCGUGGUCAUAACGUCGAGCAAUGCCGUCUAGUAGGUUCGUGUCAAGUCUGUAAGGAAAGACAUAACACAUUAUUACAUAAAUAUAGUCAAUCAUUAUCCUUACAGGCAGAUAACAAAACAGCUGGGCCGACGCCCGUCAUUAGCGCGGCCAGCGCGUGCGCCGCGAAUGAGACAGCUGACCGGGAGGGCACUUUCUGGUGGGACGGCCCAUGACUUCACUGCCGUCACCCCC